AUGCCACUGUCAGAGCUAAAGGACCAUGUUACAACUUGUCCCGAAGUUGUAACUCCUUGUGCUGCAUCCGUCUGCGGGUGUUUGUUCAAAACUCGACGAGCAGUGAUCGAAGCACACGAAACAGUCUGCCCGCUUGCGAAGAUGGUCCCAUUCUUCGAAGCUCAAAACAACCGGAUAAGUUCUCUAGAAUUGAACAUGCGCCACCUUCAAGAGCGAAAUGAAAUUUUACAAGAUGGCAUGUCCAACGUCCAAUCCAAGUUGAUUGAGUCCUCACGCAUUACAAGUCAACAUAACGGAAGAAGCUCCACCGGCGAGAGUGAAAACAAUCACAAUCAACAAGGUGCAGAGUACAAUGCAGAGGAAGUUUCAGAUCCAAGCAGCUCUUCGAGUCUACCGCCAAACCCCACGACAUACCUCCUCUCCCUCCAUGAGUCCCUGCGUGAAGAUGUCAAUCAGAUUGGGCAUGCCCUGAAAGACUUAGAUACUCGCGCAAGUAUGAGUAUUAUGACUGAGUGUAUGCGGCUCCACGAGGAUAUGGCUCACACCAACGCAGCUCUCAAUAGUGUUCGUAUGCAGGUACAAUGGCUCAUGAGCCCCCGAAUCCCUCAACCCAUUAAUACAGCUAGCACUCAGGGUAUUGAAGGAGCCCGGUCACGUUUUACCUCGUCAACUUCUGGUCACAACAGCGCUGGUCCGUCUCAAGGAUCUCUUCGGCCUAGGAGACCUAGCGAUAGCGGACGUGAGGGAACGAAACUGUAA